CUUCCGUAUUCGCCAUAUUAUUAUUAUUUCCUUAGCAUUAUGAAAACAGGUUUUGGAUGAAUUCAUUUAGUUGCUUGUUGGUUUUAUAAAAACCAGCAAUGGCAGAGAAACUAAUAACUCCAGAGGAGACAACAACAAUCUCUAUCACCACCUCUACAUCUACAAUUGUUUCUACGAUCAUCUCUACAGCCUCUGAAACGAACAGUACUCCUGACUACAACAUAACCCAGCCACUCAUUUUCUUGCAGACAGCAGCAGCUCAAGGCAUUGCUGGAACAUUUGCAUUUGCAGCAAUUUUAAUCACUGUUCAUCAGAUCUACUUACAUCUUCGGUAUUACACUUGUCCUAAUGAGCAGAGAUGGAUUGUAAGAGUGCUGUUUAUUGUUCCAAUUUACUCAUUCGACUCAUUUCUCAGUCUAAUGUUCUUCAACAAAGACAAUUACUAUGUUUACUUUGACAGUCUCAGGGAUUGCUAUGAAGCUUUUGUCAUCUAUAGUUUCCUAAGCUUAUGCUAUGAAUAUCUUGGAGGAGAAGGGGCUAUCAUGUCUGAGAUUAGAGGCAAACCAAUACAGUCCAGCUGGCUACACUGUACAUGCUGCUUUGCUGGUAGACAGUACACCAUUGGAUUUUUACGCUUCUGUAAACAGGCCACACUACAGUUUUGCUUUAUAAAACCAGUCAUGGCAAUACUAACUCUCUUGCUGCAAGCUUUUGGCUAUUAUAAGGAUGGAAACUUUUCUCCAGCAAGUGGUUACCUGUACAUCACGAUUAUCUACAACAUUUCUGUCAGCUUAGCUUUGUAUGCUCUCAUUAUGUUUUACCUGGCCACAAGGGAUCUCCUUAGUCCAUUUGAUCCUAUCCUCAAGUUCUGCAUCAUUAAAUCUGUUAUCUUUCUCUCCUUUUGGCAAGGUGUGGUACUUGCUGUCCUGGAAAAGGCUAAUGUCAUUGACCCCAUAUUUUCUAAAAACGGAUCCAAAGCUGUGAAUGUGGGUACGGUGUCAGCUGGCUGGCAGAACUUCUUCAUUUGCAUGGAAAUGUUUCUUGCCUCUGUGGCUUUAAGGUUUGCAUUUCCACACAGUGUCUACAGCACGGGCCCUACCAGCACUCAUGGCAGAACUGUUUCACUGCAGUCUAUCUCCAGCAGUCUCAAGGAAACCAUGAACCCCAGAGAUAUCAUGCAGGAUGCCAUUCAUAACUUCCAUCCCCAAUAUCAACAAUAUACUCAGCAAGGGAUGAAGCCCUCAGAAGAAGACCACCCAGAUGGACCUUGGAAUAAUGACCACUAUCAGUACCAGCAACAACGUCCCAUAUCCAAUGGAACCCCCCAGACAACAUCACCGUUGCCAAUAACUAACAGCAUUGGAAAUGCAGUUAGUGGUGCCGCAGCAGCAGCACAACAACAAAGCAAACAACAACCUCCAGCUCAGGGCGCCACCAGCUCUGGGGCUCCUGCCGCAAAGAAAAAUAGAUUCAAUGAGAAGACAACUCUGCUCAACUCUGAUGAAGAGUUUCAGGACUCUGAUUCAGAUUUUUAACAUUCAAAGUUUUUCUGAGCUGCAGACGUUAUGCGUAAGUGCAAUGUAAACUCUCCUAAAACAAUUUUUUUUUUUGCCUGCCCGUUGUUGAAAUACCAUGAUGAAAUGCUUCUCCUAUUUUAUCAGUAGUGUACUGAGAUUUUAACUUCCAGGCUGUGUUUCCUUGUACUGUGCUGUUCUCAAUAACCCAGGCACUUAAAGCAUCUUGUUGUUUGCUUUUACUUUUUGAUAUAAUAAAACCUCACUUUGGUUUUAUCAAAGACUUUGAAGAAAAGUCUCCAAAGUGAUAAAAUCCACUUGUUGUUGUCUGUUUGGAAUGUACUGCAUAUCUAGAAAAUGUACAGGAAUUUCAUGUUUUUAUUUAUUUUAUUGGUUUGCUUUCUGUAUUAUAAAAAUUCAAUGAUCUAGCACUAGUUAAUCCUGUUUUGUUCUUGAAAUUUCCAUUCCUUGAAUUAGUUUGUUUCUUGUUGUUUUCUGGUGAUUAAUCUCUUGAGUUGCUUCUUGUUUUCUAGAAGAGAUUUGUUUAACAUUCCUUUUGACCAAUAUCAUGCUUGCUUUCUGCAAUGACAUGCACCAGGCUAUAUCAUUCUGUCCUCACAUUUUUUUAAACAACUGCAUGUAUGAAAUCAGUAAUCUAAUUUAAAUUUUUGCAAUCAGUUUUAUUUCAGAAAGUAAUUUAUCCAAAAGUAAUGAUUAAAAAUAUAAAUAUUUAAUAUUAACUGAUUAUUUGUUAAUGCUAAAUCUAAAUGUAUGGUUUCAUAAAAUGUAUUCUGAAGAUCUGUAUCAUCAUUGUAAUUUUAAAUUAAUAUUCUCAUUUAAGCCCAUACAUUUUUUAACAAUGUCACUUAGUCCUAACAUUUGCUUAAGCAAAGAUUCAAUAUAAAUCAUAAAGUAAACUAUUAUUAAAUGUUUUUAUGUCAAUAAAUGCUAUACAAAUUUUAUAUAAGCUUGACUUGCUAUUUUCUUUUUAUUAAAGCUUAAAAAUUUAAAUGAAGUUCUUAAUUUUGUUAGAUUUUAAUUACAUAUUUUGGAUAGUAAGUUCAUCAACAUCAAACAGAAAAUCUACUCUAAUACUUUUUUCUUAAAAAACUUUUGAGCGCUAGGCAAGGCUUUUCUUUCCAUUUUGUCAUCUUUGUCCCUGAAGUUUGGCUGAUUCAAGAUCUUGCUUAGGCUCUUUCAACUCUCUUACUUUAAGGUAAACAUUUUACUAUAAAAAAUGUUAUAAAUAACAUCAAGUUACAGUUCUUAGGACAAAUGGUUCCAGUGUGAUAUUUAAAAUCUCAAACUGUCAAACAAAUCGUGAUGAAGAAUGUCGCCCUUUUACCCUAUUCUUUUCAUAUAGCAAAACAUUCUGUCUUCCUAAAACCCAGGCGACUGGGGCAAGUUUUAUUUCUGAUGUAGCACUUGAGUUCAGAUGUGUGUUUUAGCAAGGGUUUUUCAGUGACGUCUGUUAGCUUUUAGUCAAGAGAAUCACAAGUUUUUAAACUUGUCAGUGUAUCUCGUAGCUUGUUGGGUUUUGUUUGGUUGUUAGUCUUGUAGCAUGUUGCAUGGGUGAUAACUCACCUGAUCACAUUUGCUAAUGCUGUGUAUUUUUAUUGUUUGAAAUUUGAGUUCUAGAGCCUGAGACUUUAAAAACACUCUAGAGUUAGUUAGUAUAUAAGAAAAAUGAUACUGUGAUAGUAGUUAAUAACCUGCUGUAAAUCAAAAUAAGGUUUUUAAAAUCAAGCAUUAUUUUGAUAAAGCAACUUGGUUUUAAAAUUGUUAAUAUUCUGUGUUAUAAACAUUUUCCUAAUGGAAUUAUCCAAAAACUAAUUAAUUUUAGUAUUGCCACUGCUUGUGCACAUUUCUCCAUUCCAAUUCACAAAACUGUUAUAAAUACUAUUUCAUAUCAAAUUAUCAAUAUUUACAAUAUUUUUGAGAAAUUACAACCUAAAUUUUAAGUUGUUUUUGUUUUCAAAUUUCUAAUUCAUAUCAGGAUUUUAUCUUGAAUUUACAAGAAUAAAAUUGUUUCUAAGUAUAAGUCAGAUGUAUAUGUAGGUAAAUAAAAAUAAUUAACAUUAUUUUAAAAAAAAAAAGAAAACUAAGAAAUCAAAGAUGCAUGUUAAUUUUUUAAAUUAUGAUCUUUAAUAAAUUUUACUAGAAUUCCCUGAAACAAAUACAAUGUGAGAAAAUUUUGGAACUUAGUUACAAAUUUUUAUUGCCAUAUAUUUCAUAUCAUAAAAAUGUAUCCAUCAUAAACGUUUUUUAAUAUAUAUUAUCUACUUAAUAGCCCAUGGACAGGCUAAUAAUUGUUUUUUUUUAUUUGAACCAAAAUCAUAGUUCUGCUAUUUUAGGUGUUGCUUAUAAAAUUUUGUUGAUCUAACUACUUAAUCAUGAAAUUAAAAUCUUCAUAUUUAUUCCUCUGGCAAUUUACUUAAACUAUUAUCUACUAGAAAUAGUAACAAUUUAUGUAAUGAAUGUAAUAAAUUCUUUAAAUUAAACCACACUUAAAGUAAUAUGAAAUAUGAUUUUAUUGUAAUGUUGCUACAACAUGAACACAUGUAUGUAUUUGCAUAUAUAUAUAUAUAUAUAUAUAUAUAUAUAUAUAUAUAUAUAUAUAUAUAUAUAUAUAUAUAUAUAUAUAAUUUGCCCAAUUUUAUGUAUAACUAGUCAAAGUGUAUGUAGUUUGCUAAUAAUAAAAGAAAAGAUGUUGUUAUUCAUUGUUUAUCCUGUACUAUUUUUUUUAAUGCUAUAAAUAUUUGUGGGUGGUGAACAGUUCUUUUAAGAGAAAAGUAUUCUGACAUUGGCUUGGUUUGUUGGUUAGUUUUAAUUUGUAGGUGGGGUUUUUUUUAGUUGUUUCUUUUGUUACAUUAUACCUAAUGUAUGUAUUCUACCUAAUCAUGACAGUAGUUGAUAACAACUUAUUCUCUGCCAAAUUCAUUGCUAUCUUUUACACCCUCUAUUAAAAAUUCAAAUACCCAGAAUAUUUUUAAUCAUUGUAUAUAUACAUAUUUGGGUACACAGAUUACAAUGAUAUUUUUUUGUUGUAGAUAAAAAAAAACUUUAGGAAAAAUUUAUUUUUUUGUUUACAAAUAUUUUAUACAGUUUUUUGAUAAUUUACAUCAGGUAUAGUCACUGGUAUUUGAUUGUGUUAUAAAACAAACUUGUUGUAAAGACUAGAUGUAUCUAGUCUUGUGUCUCAUAAUAUUUGUUUUACAAUUCUUUACUUAAUUAAUAAUUAAUUAUAAAAUUGUUUCUCCGUCAACACAACAGGAAAAAAAAUCAAAUUUAUUUUAAUUUACUCGAAGUAAUUAUAAGUUUUGGUCUUUUUUUUUGGUAAAUAGCAUUAUGAACCUUUUGUUAGAAUGCUGGCUUUUAUUUAAAAUAAUGCUAAAUGUUGUGUGAAGUACAAAUUACACUCCUCUUACAUCUGUCAUUUAGUCAAAUAUACAUAUUGAAAAAUCUGCUAUACAGUUUGUGCACAUGUUGAAACUCCCAUUCCUCUUGAUUAGUAGAUCAGUUCUUUCUAUCCAUCUUAAAACCAAUCUACAAAAUAUUUUUCUGUGUGUGUUUGAUCUCCACCCUGCUUUUAUUGUUAGUCAACACAUCUCUCAAGUUAAAAUAUUUGGGAUUAAUCAAGAGUGAAAUUUUUUAAAAACAUGGAUCAGUUUGUUCCGUGUACACAUUGUUGAUCUGGAAUUGUUUAACACAACCUUUUAACAUAAACACUUUUGUCUUGAGAAUGAAUCUAUCAGCUCAUACAACUGAAUGUGAUAAAGAACAAAUGUAUUAUUGCUGUUGUAUAGUGGUAUUUAAAAAUUGGUGUGAUUCUUCUGUAUUUACUUGUCUCUUGUAGUAGGCCUCCUGUUUAGUAACUAUUUGUCCUACAGUGUAUCAUGUAUUGUAAGAGCCUGAUAACCAGGCUAAAUGUAUUUACAUUUUUGACAUUUUUUUGCUGUCUUUGAUAUAAAUAUAUAUAUAUUAUGCAGAUAUUUUGAAGAAUUAUUUAAGGGUAUAUUUGAAAGGAUAGAAUUUAAGAUUAAUGGGCCUACUAAGUUGUGCUGCAUCUCAAUACAUCAUGUUAAAGUCCAACAAGCCACAACGGAAUGCUGUUGCUAUCUGCUGAAAGUUAAUGGGAGAUUCACACCUUUGUUAUAUUUAGAUAUUAUUUUAUGCACAUUUCAGUUGUGUUUGUUUUAUUUUAGACAAUAGUUUCUGUCGAAUCCCCAAAUUUUAGGCUUUAUGAAAGUGCACUCAAUUUGUAAUGGACUAAUUUAUAGUUUUACUAUUUUUUGCAUUUAUGAGGACAAAAUUAGCAGUUUUUGUUUUCAAUUUUUUUUAGUUGUAGUAAAUGCUACUACAAUUUUAAUUUACUUGAUGAUUAUUUUUAAAAACUUUAAAUUUUAUUGUCAAAUUUUUACAGAAAAGGUAGGCAAUAAUAGUUUUUCUUGCAAAGAUCUCCAAUAAAUUGUAAGUCAUGUUAGCAUAGAACCUUUCACAAAAUUUAAACUAACAUUAAACGAAAACUUUUUUUUGCAAUAAGUUAUAUUUAUUUUAGAAAUCACCUACUUUAUUGUUUUUCGCCUGAUGCAUUUACUUUCAAAUAAUGAAUCCACAUUUUGUAACUAAGACCCCUUUUCGGAUCAAAAGAUUUAAAUUCCUGUUACAAGCUUUUGGUAUUUAAAUACAACAGCUUACACUAAUAUUAAUAACUGGAUUUUAUUUUUCAAAAGUACAUUUUUCUUUAUUUUCAAUACUGAAAUGAUUUAUGUAUUGUAAUGUAAUGUAUUGAAUAUGUAUUGUACAGUGAUAAGAUGGCAACCAUCAAGUGCAGUGUUAUUGUCAGUGAACUUAUAAUCAUUAAAUUUUUUGUGAUGUCAA